GGAGGGCAGGUGGGAAUGGGGGGGUCGCCCCGUCCCCCCCCCCCUCCCACCCCUGGGCGGACGGGGCGGGGCGGGCGGCGCGUGACGCGACGCGGCCGAGGCGCGCGCCCGCCCCCCGCCGGCCCCCCCUCCCCUGCUCCUGCCCGCCCCCCGCUCGCGCCCCCCCUCCCCUCCCCUCCCCUGCGGCGGCGGCGGGCGGCGGCCGCGGUGCAUUGUGGGCGCAGCCCGUUGUUCAUUUGCCACCCGACCCGAUCCGGGGCCUGUCGGGACGGAAGCGCCGCCGCCGAGCGAUCGAGCGGGAUCCAUUGUGGGCAGCCCCGCGCCCGCCGCGAUCCAGGCCGGACCCGGGGCAGUGGGGAGCGAGCGGCCGCGCUUCGCCUCUUUCGGCCGCCGCCCCCGCGCGGCAGCCGGGCGCCUCCUUCCCCCGCCCCGUUCCCGCGGCGGACGGAGCGCUCGGCCGGGCGGGGGGCGCGGGGCGCGCCCGCCAUGUUCGCGGAGAUAAACCGGCGGACGCUCGCGUUCCGCGGCGGCGGCCUCGUCACCCCCGCGGCGGCCCCCUCGGCGGCGGGGGCCGAGGCCUGGGAGCGGCAGGACCCCGAGGCGCUGAACGGGCGCGGGGCGGACGAGGAGGCGGAGCUGGAGGGGCUGGAGGCCGAGGAGCUGGAGGCCGCCGCCGCCGAGGAGAAGGAGCUGCUGCUGCCCCAGGACGCGGCGUCGCCCCCCGCCGCCGCCGGUCCCAUGUUCGCCGAGAGAAACCGCCGGACUCUGGCCUUCCGCGGCGGCGGGGGGCUCCUGGGCGCCCACCCCGCCGCUAACAAUGGCUGCGAGGCCGCGGCCUGGCCGCGGAAGCACUUCAAUGGGCGGGGGGCGGACGAGGAGAUGGAGCUGGAGGGCGCGGAGGGGCUGGAACCGGAGGGGCUGCUGGAGGGCAAGGAGCUCGUCCAGGACGGGGGCUCGCUGAGUGACAGCAGCGACGAUGAGGAGGACGGCGAAGGGGGCAGCCUGGGCGACGGCAGCGGCGCCGAGGGCGGCAGCUGUAGCAGCAGCCGGCGGUCGGGGGGCGACGGCGGGGACGAGGCGGAGGGCAGUGGCGAGGGGGAGAGCAUCAGGCACUUCCCGCUGGCCAGGCCCAAGUCCCUGCUGCAGAAGCUGCACAUCUCCUUCCAGGGCUCCUGGCUCAAGGAGUUCCCGUGGCUCUACUACUGCCAAGAGACCGGCCUCAUGUCCUGCGCCUGGUGUACUGCGGCUGCGGCCGCCGCCGCGCCCCCCGAGCUGAUCAUGGCCGGCGGGCCCCUGCCCGGGGGGCACGACGAGCUCUGCAAGGGCACCCGCAACUACAAGCGCACCCUGCUGCUGCGGCACCACCUCUCCGCUGAGCAUCGCCUCAACGAGCCCGGCAGCGCCGAGCAGGAGGCGGAGUUACCAUCAGAACUGAACAAUGAAGGAUACUGUGAUUUUAACAGUAGGCCAAACGAGAACUCUUACUGCUAUCAGCUCCUGCAAGAGCUCAACGAGCAGAGGAAGAAAGGCAUUCUUUGUGAUGUUAAUAUUGUGGUGAGUGGGAGGGUCUUCAGAGCUCACAAGAACAUCCUGGUUGCAGGCAGCCGCUUCUUUAAGACUCUGUAUUGCUUUACAAACAAAGAAAGCCGGAACCAAACCACUGUUACCUAUUUAGACGUUGUUGCUGUUCAAGGUUUUUCUGUCAUCUUGGACUUCUUGUAUUCUGGUAACCUCGUGCUUACGAGCCAAAAUGCCAUUGAAGUGAUGUCGGUGGCCAGCUACCUUCAGAUGACGGAGGUUGUCCAGUCCUGCCGCAACUUCAUUAAAGAUGCCUUAAACAUAAGUAUAAAAUCAGAAGCUCCAGAGACUGUUGUAGUGGAUUACAACAGAAGAUCUGUUAGUAGGGAUGGUUUGUCUCCAAGGGAUCAGAAAGUUGCCAGCUUCUGGGCAACACGAAACCUUACCAACUUGGCAAGUAGCAUAAAAACUGAGAACGAUCCCUACCCAAUUGAUGAGGGCCAAAUGGAAAGCUACCAAAUGAAUGACUGCAGUUGGGUCCAGGACAGCUCACCUGAAAUGGCUGAAAAUGAAUCUCAAGGUGAGGGAAAAGUUUUUGUGUGGAAUGACAUGGGUGCACAGGGACAAUCAGUUCAAGAACCUGGAAAAGCAAGAAGGAAAAACCAAACUGCAAAGAGAUUUAUUUAUAAUAUACCACCUAAUACUGAAGAGAACUCAGAAGAUUGCUCAGUGUUGCAACCGUCAGUCCCAUAUCCAGAAGAAGAUCUGUCAUUCAUUAAAGAAGAAGCAGCAACCUCAAGUGACUUCAAGUACGGUCUGCUGCCGGGUACCUCAAGUGACUUCAAGUACGGUCUGCUGCCGGGUACUUCCAGUGACUUCAAGUAUGGACUGCUGCCGGGUACUUCUGGUGACUUCAAGUAUGGACUGCUGCCAGAAUCUUGGCCAAAAGAAGCUUGGGAAAAUGGCGAUUCCUCUGCUUUAAUCAUGAACAAGUUGAAGUGUCCACACUGUAAUUAUGUAGCCAAAUACAGAAGAACACUAAAGAGACACUUGCUCAUUCACACAGGCGUGAGAUCUUUCAGUUGUGACAUCUGUGGGAAGCUGUUUACACGAAGAGAGCAUGUAAAGAGACAUUCCUUGGUGCAUAAAAAGGAUAAAAAGUAUAAGUGUAUGGUGUGUAAGAAGAUUUUCAUGCUAGCAGCCAGUGUUGGAAUAAGACAUGGAUCACGGCGUUAUGGAGUUUGUGUAGACUGUGCAGAUAAAUCUCAACCUGGAGGGCAAGAAGGAGCAGACCAGGUGCAGGACACAGAUUUCCCUAGGGAUGAAGAAUAUGAGGAAAAUGAAGUGGGAGAAGGUGAUGAGGAGCUUGGUGAUGAUGUAGAAGAACAGAAUGACCAGUCCCGAUGGGAUGAAGCUGGGGAAGUUUGUAUGCCUUUAGAUGACUGACAGAGCAUAUGACUUCAGGGUGCUGCAAAUGGACACUGUAUGGAUUGACUAUUUGACUAUAUGAAUUUUGGGACUGAAGGCUUGCGAAAUAUGGUACAGGCUGGAUGGUAGUUACAUUGCUGUGAAAAAUGUAGGGUCAAAGCCUUAUAGCAAAAAAAGGAUUAUUAAUUUUUUUAUGAUAUUUGCACAGGACUGUACAGCAUACAACCAUUUGGUUGAAUUAUACAGAGUCCUCACAUCUACAGUCAGUUAUCAAAAGAAAAAUGUAUUUUUUAUUAUUUAUAGGCUAUAGCUACUUGGGUCCUAUUCAGACAUAGUAGUAACUGUAAUUAUGUUACACAUUCAUGUAUCUGUUAACAUGAAUGAAGAAAAUUACAACUUUGUAUGGAAAUACAAAGACAGCUUUCCCAAAUCCACUUCUACUAUGGUCAGUGAGUCAGCAAAGGUAAUUUGGGGUAGUGGCUCAUUUUCCACAAGCACGUCUUUGCCAUACAAAUUUUAUCCCUUCCAUAACCUGAGAGGUG